UGCAACGUUAUAAGCUAGUAAAGCAACAUCGACAAUUUUUUUUCGUAAAUCAUUUGUUUGUAAGGGUUGCAUUCUCAGCCUUCGUUGAUCAACAUAAAACGAUGCUUUUGAAUUACCGCUGUUUUAAUAUGGCUGCUGCGCUUGCGCUUAUCACAUAAUUGAAGACAGCAGAAAGUGGGGGGGGGGGAGUAAAAAAUACGACGGUAGUGCUGCGAACUGGCUGCGGGUUAAUUUCAUCGUCGAAGUCAAACACUGUCCGACACCAGUACCAGUCAGUCGCUGGACAAUCCGCGUUUAAAUUAUUUGUCGUGGGAUCGACGAGGACGAGUCUACAUUAGUAUUUUUAAAAUUGUUUUGUGCUCAGAAAUCUCAGACAAAUGGAUGCCCAGAUGAGAAGAUCGGCAAUUCGAUCAAGACCUGACAGGAUAUUUGAUGGCUACGGGUAUUAUUACGGGAGAUGGGCCAGUUAUGGGAGCACUAUUUUGAAUGGCCAAUAUUACAAUGCAGUCCGCCAGCCUGGAUUUGCAAUGUAUUUUUUCGGAAGGCAUUGCAAUACAUAGCCUUAUGUAUAAGUUAUUGAUCUGCUCCAAACGAAAUGCCCUGAAUUGUAACGCUCAAGGCUUUAUCGAUUUAGAGGGAAAUUUUCAAUAUGUCACCAAGAAUGGCAUUUCUUCUGCAGAUCCAAUAAAUCCGCACUGUCAUCAGCGUAAUGAAAACAUUUCUGAGGAAGCAAUGUUUUUUCAACAAUUACACGCUGUAGUUGUACAUUCUUAUUUAUCCUACUCUGCUAUUUACCAUGAAUUGAAAGACUUGUAUCCAAGCGCUUCUAAAGCAAACUCUUUGCCAGCUGUUGUGCUGCGUAUGCGACAAUGGAGAGCGGGUCGAAAAUUCCCGUGCGUAACUGGUGGUCUGGAGACAAUUUUUGAUUUGGUUGAAAACGACCCUAACUGGAAAAAAAUUAAAUGCUUCGAUAAUCGUUUUAUGACCUUUAAAUCCAUUAAUCACAAAGCUGCAGUUCGAGGGAUAGUCUUCGGUGAUGUCGAGUUCACCGCUUCAAUUGAUGCAGCUCUCCAUCAAACAGUGUUUGUUGAAGAGGCUCCAAUUACGAUCAGUGGACUGAAAGAAUCUCGUCUAAUAAUUGCAACUGUGCCACACAAAAAUUACGCUUUUCCAGUGGCGUGGGCAAUUAUUGUGGAUGAUUCUAAAUCAGAGAGUUACUGUGAGCUCCUUAGGGGUGGAAUUUCACAGAUUCUUGGGAACGUCCAGCCGGAAACUAUUUACUACGAUUUUGGAGCGGAAAUGUUCCGUGCCCUAACUGUGCAAUAUCCAGCCUCCAGGGUCAGAGGCACAUUCGACGCUUACUGUAAUUUACUUUACACAAAUGUGUCCAACACGGUACAGCUUCGCGGAGAAAACAAAGAAGAUGCUGUGCGAAUUUUUUUAAAACUUAUCAUUCUCUCCUUGCUACCACCGGAGAAAAUCGUCGAAACUUUUUACGGCAUUGUGCAGAAUCUCAGUGAACCCCUCUUUGCUAUUUUUAGAACUGCUUUGCAAUAUUAUGUGGCAGAGUGGCUCAACAAGGUCGGUGUCAGUAACCUAUCGUUCUAUCAUGAUCUGACCGCACUUGCGAAUUGUUCGAAGCUCCACUGUACACGAUUAAAAAAUAUUUCUGGCGGGACUCCCGACUUUUGGAAUUUCUUAGGAUCAACGAUCACCAUUCAAAACCACAGUUCAAAAGACUUCGAAAAAUUGAAGUCGAAGAAGUCUAUUUCAAACGGAACAUCUCGUGUUGGAAUGUUGAUCGACGUAGAAAAAAUUAAAAAACUUCAGUCGAAGUUAAUAACUGAAGAAAUUACAUCCCUUGAAUUUUUGAGCCAAUCUGUCUCGGCUGUGGAGCGCCAUGUUGCUGAUCUUAUUUUUCAGAAUCCGCCUCCAAAGAAAAACCACCAAAUUGUCGAAUUGGUACCGAUUCAUCACAAAUUAUGGAUGACUGUAGACCAAAUACGCGCUUUGGAAUCAAAUGGUCCUGAGGUCUUACUCGGACAGCAUCUUCCAGAAGACGCCAGGGCUGAUGCUGAUGAAGUCAAUCUAGAAGAUGAAGUCGAUGCCGAGUUUGAUGGUAAUGAUGGUGGCCCACAAGGGGAAAUGUUAGUCGGAGAGCCCGUUGUCCUAGACGCCGGAACUGAUACCCGGGAAGCUGAACUGGACGAAGAAAAUGGAUUGGAAGUCCCAGUCGUCGAGAAUUUUGGCAUCGCAGCUGGUGGUCGAUAUUACAAAGUAACAAAUUUGUGUCUGAUCUGUGGACUAAAUGAUUUGCCUCCGGAUGUCAUCUACAAUCCCUGUCGGCAUUGUAUAAUUUACCAGGAAUGCCAGAGGCAGUUUGUGGACCGAGUUAUUACAAACGGAGAGAUCUUCAAAUGUGCGUACUGCAGAGCAGACGUACUGACAGUUGAUCUAAUCAUUUAAUAUUACCCCUUACUAUUUCUUUUAUAAAAUAAAAAAAAAAAUGCAUGCUAUGUUUUUUGUAUUUCUAUUCAAUAGAAGAAAAUCAUUUUCGGUAACUAUUUGUUUUUAAAUGUUUACUGAUUAUUCAGCUAUAUCUAUAUAAAUCUACCUUUAAUCUAUAUAUGUUCAGUGUUAAUAGAUAUAAAAAAAUGUUAGUUGUUAAGAUAUAGCUUUAUAGAUAGAUAAGAGUUUUAUUUGUAUCACUCAUAAGUGU